AUGCGUGUUAUGUCAUUGACAUGCAAAAGCAAUUGGUUCAAAGUAUCUGUACUUCUGAUUUUGAAGAUAAAUCUCGACAAUGGCUGUCUCAAACAACGUAUGUACCCAUCUGACGUUGGUGCACUAGAGCUGAGAUACAUGUCUCUUCAACCAAGAAAAGGAAACAUUGCCACAAAGGUCCCUUUGUAUGACGAUCCUUGGAAGAUAAAAAAGGUGUUGAAAGAGAGUGAUCUUGGCAACAUGAGUAGGCUCAUGCUAGGGAAGGAUUUGGCAGAAAAGUUUGUGUUACCUGUGUUGGGUGAUGCUGCUGAGAUUGAGAAGGGAGUUAGUGUUAAGAUUUGGGAUGUGGACACCUACACCAUGCACUCUCUUGUUUUCAAGAAAUGGGCUUCUUCAAGAUGCUACAUUUUUAUGGGAAAAUGGGUCCAAGAUUUUGUCAAGAGAAGGGGCUUGAAGAAAGGGGAUGAGAUUGGCUUUUACUGGGAUCCAUAUAAUAGUCACUUCAAUUUCUCUGUUCUUAGAGUCAAUUAA